AUGAAUUCCUUUGAGAAAAUUAAAGAUGCUGAUGAGUUCACUGGUGACUUCCUGGAUAAACAGUUGAUUCUCUUCACCUGUCUGAAUAUUAUUGAGGAAGAGCUUAUUGCUCAUCUAUGGAACACCCACAUCAUUCGGAAAACCAGAAAUGCAGUUGCUCCCUGUGGCCGGCCUCACAUGAUGUACACACUUCCACAGAUUUUUGAGGUAAAAUCUCAGAAUCCCCAUCUUCAGAAUAGAAUAAAGGUCACCCACAGUGACAUCUUCAUCCAACACAGCAUCUUCUUGAAAAUCCAGAAUGUCAUAACUGACUUCCUCUAA